AAGUAAGAGGGUUCAACACAGGCGUUUUACGGAUUCAAUCAUCACCCAAUUGAGUACGAUUCUUUCAGUGUGUGCUUGUGAAGCUUUUCGCGAGGAGAGGUUUUUGGGAUUUUCUGUCUUUUUUUUUCAAAAAUAGAAAUAUAUAUAUAUAUUUUAAAUGAACUGAAACUCCCGCACAAGUUUCAAAUCCUCCCAACUCAGUUCAAGCCUAGUUCAAUAAAGCUACAGUAGGGAAGAAGAGGCUUUGAAGUUUCUCUAAUGGAAAAGAGAGUGUAUGAAGUUUGGAAAGGAAGUAAUAAGUUUAUUCUUGGUGGGAGGCUGAUAUUCGGGCCAGAUGCUAAGUCUCUGCUCGUUACCUUAUUGCUGAUCACUGUUCCUGUUAUUAUCUUUUGUGUAUUUGUUGCAAGGCAUCUUCGGCAUGCAUUUUCUCCAUAUAAUGCGGGAUAUGCAAUUCUGGCUGUAGCAAUUGUCUUUACUAUCUAUGUGUUGAUUCUUCUUUUCCUCACAUCAGCCCGGGACCCAGGAAUCAUACCACGCAAUUCACAUCCACCAGAGGAGGAGUUCCGCUAUGAUUCUUCUGUUUCAGCUGAGGUUGGGGGUAGGCAAACACCCAGCCUCCAAUUCCCUCGAACCAAGGAAGUUAUGGUUAAUGGGGUUCAUGUACGGGUGAAGUAUUGUGACACGUGCAUGCUUUAUCGUCCUCCCCGUUGCUCCCACUGUUCCAUUUGCAACAAUUGUGUGGAGCGUUUUGAUCAUCAUUGUCCUUGGGUGGGCCAAUGUAUUGGAUUGCGAAAUUACCGGUAUUUCUUUAUGUUCGUUUCUUCGGCAACUCUUCUCUGCAUCUAUGUAUUCUCCAUGUCAGCAUUGUACAUCAAGGUUCUGAUGGAUGAUCACCAAGGAACAGUUUGGAAAGCAAUGAAAGAAUCUCCUCCAUCUGUCAUACUAAUGACAUAUUGUUUCAUCGCACUGUGGUUUGUUGGCGGGCUUACUGGGUUUCACUUGUACCUCAUCUCAACAAACCAGACGACAUAUGAAAAUUUCCGAUUUAGGGCUGACAAUAGAAUCAAUGUUUACAAUCUGGGUUGUCCAAGUAAUUUUCUUGAAGUAUUUUGCACAAAGGUAAAGCCCUCAAAGAACAAUUUCCGGGCUUUUGUUCGAGAGGAGGUGCCAAGGCCUACUUUACAAAGUAUUCAGGGAGCAGAAGCUGAAGAUCUAGGCGGUGGUGAUCCACGUCCCAAAGUAGAGGAUGAUCUAGAGAUUGGUGAAGAUCUAUUGAAGAUCUCCCAGCGACGUAAUAUCGAGGAAAUUGAUGAGGACAUCCGCAGUAGAGGGAGCAAUGGCCCUGCUCAUACCGCCUUGGAGGUUGAUGCUAUUCUGGAUUCUGAUCAUCGAGCUCCUACAAUUCGAUCCGAAACUAGACACUCGAGUUGGGGAAGGAGAAGUGGUAGUUGGGAAAUCGCAACCGAUGAUGUGCUUUCCAAUUCCAAAGUGACGGAAAGCAGAAGCUAUAUGACGGGGAAAGAAGGUCGACAAUGAUGGGGUUAAUUUGUAUAGAGUUGCCACUGCAUGAAUUGGCAUGCGGUUAGUGUCUUUGGAUGUGUCUUUGUAAUUGUUAUGAGAAGAUAAGUGAAUAGUUGUCUUACUUUUACCCUCUCUCUUAGUAUUGUUGAAUGAUAUGCAACGUUGGGUGGAAUGUCUAGUUUUGGUUUUUGCUUCUUUUUUAUUUAAAUUUCAGUUUGUAAAAAUAUUAUUUUUACUGCUCCAAACAUGAAAAUUAUUGAAAA